CUAAUUAAAGCCCUCUUGGUAAAUGGUAAGGAUAUUUCUAAUUAGUUUCAACUUCCAAUAUGAAUUUAAACAAUUGUAUUUUGUUCACUGGAAUUUGAUCAGUUUUUUUUUCUCCUGAAAAAAUUUGAUCAGUGGAAUUUUGUUUCAGUUCUUCAACACUCAAAUUACUGUACCAUUUCUACUGUUUUGCUCUGUGUUUUUUAUUUGUACAUCGCAAAUAUGAAUAGUUGAACAGAGUUUGGUCCUUUUCAAAUGACUACUACUCGUUCUAACUAAGCUCUGUACGAAGAUACCUGGAAGAAAAAGGGUCAACUAGUUAACAGUAAUGGAAAUGAGAAGCAGCUUAAUCGAUUAUGUCUUUUCUUGGUCCAUCCAAGAUGUUCUAAACAAUGAUCUCUAUAAAACCCAGGUGAAGCAGAUUCCUCAAACCUUCUCUUCAACAAGUGAAUACUUGGAAUCAUUCACUACUCCGCUUAUAGAAGAAACUCGAUCGGAUCUGUCUUCAAACUUAGCAACUUUGUCAGAGUCACUCUGUUAUGAAAUUGUGGAUAUUGAACCAAGUAAUGAUUUUGAACUUCCUCAUGACUUGUUUUACAUUCUUCAAUUGAACUAUGGUAAGGAAAAGAAGAAAAGUAAUAAAGACAAUGAGGAUGAGGAUGAGGAUGAGGAUGAGGAUGAGGAUGAUGAUCUUGUUGUAGGAGACCUCAUUGCCAUAACAAAUGUAAGACCAAAAUGCAUCAAUGAUCUGGAUCGGCCAAGAAGACCUUACCUCAUUGCUUUUGUGCAGCAUAGAAGGUUAAGGGAUGAGUCUAGUUGUCUUGUACUUUCAAUUUCGUCGUCAAAACCUAUUCUGAUUGAAGAAAACAUGGGUAAAAACAGAAAGAGGGAAACCCUUUUUGCUGUUAAGCUGAUGAACAUGACUACAAAUAUCCGUAUAUGGAAUGCACUACAUUCGGAUCCAGAAACAGGAAAUAUGAACCUCAUUAAACAAGUUCUGCAUCCCCCAUUUUCUGAGGCAGAAAAUUGUACUCUCUGUUGUGCUGACGAAAAAUGCAGUGAUGCAUAUUCAGCUAUGAAGGCCAGUCUCAGCAAUUCAGAUUUGAAUGAGUCCCAGAAAGCUGCAGUUUGGAGCUGUUUUGAGACUAGAGAAUGUAAUCAUCAUAACACUGUUAAAUUGGUUUGGGGGCCUCCAGGGACAGGAAAAACUAAGACAGUUGGUUUUCUAUUGCAUUCUCUCCUUAAGAUAAGAUGUAGAACCUGUACAUGUGCUCCAACAAACACUGCAGUGUUAGAGGUAACAAAGCGGCUUGUGAAAGGAGUUGCAGAGUCAUCGAAGUAUAAUGGAUACGGGUUAGGAGAUGUAGUUUUGUUUGGAAAUAAGAAGCGAAUGAAGAUUAAGGAUCAUAAAGAACUUUAUCAUGUCUUUCUUGAUCAUCGUGUCAAAAUACUUUAUCAGUGUUAUGUUGGACAAUCUGGAUGGAACAACAAUUUACUUUCCAUGAUUUCUUUGCUAGAGGACCCUGAUGAACAAUAUCUUCUAUACUUGAAAGCGAAGCAAUCCGUGAAGAAUGAGGAAGCAGAGAAAAAUCAUAAGAGCAAGUCAAAAUCAAGAAGUAAACAGAAAGAAAAGCGAUCAAGCAAAAAAGAAAAGGAGGGUAAUGGCCACUCUGGAAAUAAAGAAGAGGACAAUGAGGACAAGGAAGCUCCUUUGACUAUUGAGGAUUUUGUAAGGGAAAGGUUCAAUUGCUUUGCAGAAAGGCUGUACUUUUGCGUUGAGAAUUUGUAUAAACACUUACCUACCUCUCUAAUUUCACUUGAAGAAGUGGAGAAGAUGUUUGAAGCAUACCGCUCUCUCAAAUCUUUUCAAAAUCUGGUACAAAAUGUUUCAGGUGAUGUAUUAAAGAAUAUGAACAAGUCUACAAUGGAUGAAGAUUACAACUUUGUCAAAUUCAAUUUGGCAAGAACAAAGAACCUGCAAACACUACAAUCACUUCCUGAAAACUUUCCUCCUCUAUAUUCUACAGAGGACUUUUCUAUGGACAUUAUGAUGAUGAUCAGAAAAUUCUGCUUGCAAAAUGCAUGCAUGGUGUUCUGUACUGUUUCUAGUUCUGCUAAGCUGGACAGUACAGAAAUGUUGGUCAUCGAUGAAGCUGCUCAGCUAAAAGAAUGUGAGUCAGCCAUUCCCUUGCAGCUUCAUGGUUUGCGUCAUGCUAUUCUCAUUGGAGACGAAAGGCAACUCCCUGCAAUGGUUAGAAGCGAGAUUUCUGAAGAAGCCAAUUUUGGAAGAAGUUUGUUUGAGAGGCUAACUAUUCUUGACCAUAAGAAAUACCUUCUCAAUGUCCAGCAUAGGAUGCAUCCCUCAAUAAGCUUAUUUCCGAAUAGGGAGUUCUACAAUAAUCAGAUUUUGGAUGGUCACAAUGUUAAACAUGGAGCUUACAGUAGGCGUUUUCUUCCAGGAGAAAUGUAUGGAACUUACUCCUUCAUUAAUGUGCCACAUGGAAAAGAAGAAUUUGAUUACAAGCACAGUAGAAUGAACAUGGUUGAGGUUGCUGUGGUCUCUGAUAUAAUUGGAAGUAUUUAUAAAGAAUCUAGUCGCACAAAGAAGAAGGUUAGAGUUGGAGUUAUAUCACCAUACAAGGCACAAGUACAUGUAAUGAGUGAAAAGAUUGGGAAAAAAUAUAGUUCAGAUGCUCAAAGUGAUUUUUCUUUAAGCAUUCGUUCUGUUGAUGGAUUCCAAGGUGGAGAAGAAGACAUAAUAAUAAUCUCUACAGUUAGGUGUAAUGUUAAUGGAUCAGUUGGUUUUCUUUCCAAUCGUCAGAGAUCAAAUGUGGCUCUAACUCGAGCAAGGUAUUGCCUUUGGAUAGUGGGGAGUGGAACAACUUUGGUAAAGAGUGGCUCUGUUUGGAAGAAACUAGUAAUUGAUGCUAAGGAGCGCAAUUGUUUUCACAAUGCCGAAGAGGACAAAAAUUUAACAAAUGCUAUUAUAGCUACCUUGCUUGAGCUUAACCAACACGAUGUUUUAGCUAAUGCUGAUUCACUUCUGUUUAGAAACGCCAAAUGGAAGGUUUGCUUCACUAAUUCCUUCUGGACAUCAAUGAGAAGAGCUAGAAACGACGAGUUGUUUGAGAAAGUACUAAGCCUGCUGGAGAAGCUUUCGAGUGGUUGGCGCCAACCACAAGGAGAGAAAAACCAUGUUGUGCAUGGUGAAAGUUCCUCCCUAUUUGUUGAGCAUUACAUGGUUAACAAAAAUUGUUUCUUAAUCUGGGCUGUAGACUUUAUCAGGGAAAGGUCUCAUGACAUUCAGGUUUUGAAGGUUUGGGAUGUUUUGCCAUUACUUGACUUACCGAAGCUAUCAAAGAAGCUUGACACUUUCUAUAAAGACUACACGGUGGACAAGCUAACUCGCUGCAAGCACAUAUCUAAUGAAGGGAAUUUGGUGGUUCCAAUGAGAUGGCCAGUAGAACCAAGCUCUUAUAAAGCAAAUUCUGUGCAGUACUUGUCCAAUUCACUGGAUGCACUGAGCCUAAGGGAUGACACAUCAAGAACUAAUAGAAGAACAGGUCGAAAAGAACAUGACAACUUCUAUGGAAGGAGUGAUUUCCAUUAUUGGAGAAGAGUUUAGCAUUACAAUUCCAUUGAUGAGCACUAGUGGGACUUGAUUGGCAUAGUCUUUGUGAUUGGGAAGUCAAUUGUAUGCAUCUAAUGCAAGCAAGCAUACUAUAUAAAAGAAACUCCAAACUUAAAGCUAGAACUAGACAUACUGCCUAAGUACUUAAUCAUCGUUGUGAGUGCGUAUUUUUUGAGUUGGUUGGUAACUAAUCCUGUGAAAUAGACCAUGUUUCACCAUUGUUUUGUUACUACAAAAAAUAGACUUGAAUCUUUCGUCAUC